CUAGAGGUCAAGUUGUACUCUCGUGUUAGUACGUCUUACGACCCCAAUUGCAGAGACAACGCCCAUGCUAUAAGCGCAAUAUAGUACUGUUAGUUUUCCUAAAAUACCAUGGAAUCAAGACGGUUGACUAAUAUGACGAUUUACGUUUUGCUCAUUACUCUGUCGACUCUUACAAUUCAAGUUUCUUCCUUCAGCUGUUGGAUGUGUCCACGAGGCGAAGCGUCUUUUGCACUCUGCGACCAAAAUAAGGUAAAAGAAUCUUGCAGCCAAGGUCUGGACAGAUGUGGCACAUUCUCGUAUAAUAACAAAACAGGGUUCAGGAUCUUCGCCAAAAGUUGCACAAGUGAAGCCUUAUGCAGCGGCAAUAACACGUUUUGCAGCUACUUUGGCGGGAAAGAUUGCCGGGUGCAGUGCUGCGACACAGAUCUGUGUAACUUUCAAGUUGGGUUUGCAUCAACACUGGCUCCAACCACUUCUCAACAACCUACGACUACACAACAACCCACGACCACACAACAACCAACUACAACACAAAAACCUACGACUACACAACAACCAACUACAACACAACAACCUACCACUACACAACAACCCACCACUACACAACAACCUACCACUACGCAACAACGAACUACAACACAACAACCUACCACUACACAACCAACUACAACAGAGCAACCCACCACUACACAAAAACCUGCCACUACACAACAACCAACUACAACGCGAGCACCUACGACUACACAACAACCCACCACCACACAACAACCCACCACUACACAACAGCCAACUACAACAGAACAACCUAACAAUACACAACAGCCAACGAAGGUACAACAAUCUAGUACGGCAAAAUCAUCAGCUACGCCACAAACAACAACAAGAAUUAUCACUGAAACAAGGCCUCCUGCCACAACCGAGGACCUGAAGACUGAAAAACGUACAACUCUCCCAACUGAGCUSAAAUCAACACAAGUCAACCCUUCCCAAGAUGCUUUGGGUGGUUCUGAUGAUGAUUUUUGUGACUGGGUUGAUUCAUCUAGUACGACAUUGACAAUGAGUCUGUUGUUUUUGUUCAUAUCGUUUCUGGUAUGUUUGGAAGUUUAACUAUGUAUACACUGCUUGCGUUUACGUAACUUAAUCACGUGGAACGUACGUGAGUGUUAACGAGACGUUUAGAAUACAAUGGCUUUUACA